AUGGUGAAACUUAGAGGAUCAACAACAAUAGGAGACAAGAGGAAGGCAGAAUGUUUGCAAGGAACUGUAUUUCAAAAUAUAAAUUCGUUGCCGAAUAUAAAUAGUUUGGAGGCACAACAUGUAGACUGUCAUUAUGUCACGCCGUUGAGAAAUAUAAUAAACGUGACAGAGGUGAACGCGAAUUUCAAUUCUAUUAGCAAUGCAACUCCAUUCUCAAACCUUACCUUUUGUGGCAAUUUAAAUGGAUCUGGAAGCGCAAAUUUCAAUGUUGAAAAUACGAGUGUUGAAAACACAAGGGUUACAUCCUUCAAUAAGAUGCCACCACCACCCAUAACGGCUCAGUCUAAUGGUAAUGUAUCAAGAAUGAAAAAGAAAUCACACAAUAUUAACAGAAUUUACAAACGUGACAUGUGUGAACUCGAGCGUGAAUGCAUCGACCAGUGCACCUCCAUCUUCAAACAAUAA